UUUCUGGAUGAGAUCCAGCAGAGCUCCUCCUUCUCUUCCUCUCCUGGUAUCGUACAUUCCAGAAAUCAUUUUGUUGUUGGGACUUUUUACCGUUAAAAGUUCAUGUGGAGGACAGUAAAGCAAGUUUUAUCCAAACUCUCUUGGCAUCAUCUAGAGACUUCUCAGGUAUCCCGGAACUAGAAAACUUCUUGCUGUCUAUACCUAUUCCCUUUUUGCAGCAAAAUGCCUUCUGAGGAGGUGGUGCCAACAGUCGAACCCAGGUUACAUCGCCUCUCCGCCUGGUUCGACCCUGAAACUGCUGGGGUGGUGACCAUCCUCUUGGGGCUGUUCCAGGUGGUGCUUUCUGUACCGCUUGCUUAUGCUGAUCAAACUCUGCCAAAACUCUUCAUACUGCCACUUGUCUUAGGAAUCCUUAUUUUGGUAGGAGGAUCAUUCACCAUGGCUAAUGAGAGGAACCCCAGCAGACAACUGCUUCAAGGUUGUGCCUGCAGUAAUGUGGUUGGCUUGCUGGGGGCGCUGCUUGCCUUCUGCCUCUAUUGCUACAGCCUCCACACUGUUAGAAGUGAAGAGCUGUGCAUGCCCAUUCCUUCUGACCAUUACUACAGACAAUCAUAUUAUGAGUGUCCUGGGGAACUCCUGACGGCCUACUGCUGGAGUGUGACAGUGCUGCUGCUACUUUACAACACUGGGGCUGUGGUCCUGCACUGCCUCCUGUCUGUCUAUGCCCUCAAAGCACUCAAAACAGACUAACGCACAUGCGUGCGCACAAACACACACAUCAUAUAUGUUGAAUUCCUCUUUGUCAGCAGUAGAAUUGAAAAUCACUUAUUUUUCACUUACACAUUUUUGAAAGUGUCAGACUUGCAGAUUUCUGUUUCAGUGGAUCAGUUGACUGCAGUGAGUUUUUCAUAACACAGAUCAUAUGAGUUCUAUUGAAAACUAAAUCUGUCCUGACAUUAUAAAGUGUAACAACUGUGAUGAAAUAUUUUCAUCAGAAAUAAAAAGACAAUAGAUGGGAAAUUAUAUUUCUGAUUGGCCAGAAGGUGUCCAAUAAAAUCAUUAAACAACACAAAUCAAACAAAAGUCUGGUGAUCAGUUUAUCCACCAACAACCAAACAAACUGAAAAAUAAAUUUGCCUGAUUAGUGGCCAUGGUAUAAGUGAAAUAACACACACUAGUUGAAAAUAAUGUUAUUUAUUAAUAUCGUCACUAUUAUUAGACAUAUAUCGGCCAAUAUCAGCUUAUUGUAGAUAUAUCAGAAUUGAUGUAUGUGCUGGCUGAUAAGUAAGAAAACAGAAAUGCCAAACUAGGUCUAAGGUCUUUUGGAAACAGAGCCAUCCAUCACAGAGUUUAUCUGAUUUUUACACUGUAAAAGGCCCCAUAUAUGUGUCUGGUUCUCUAUCAAACAAUACCUGUAAAUAUGGAGCAGGAGCCAGGAGAUGAUUAGCUUAGCUUAGCAUGAAGACUGAAAGUAGAUGAAAAGUCCAAGUGAAAGAGGAAUGCGCUAAAGCGGAUUUCUGUUUUAAUGGAUUUGGUGACUGCUCUGAAUUUUCAUAAUAGAGAUCAUAUGAGUUCUUUUAAAAACUAAAUGUGUCCUGACAUCAUAAAGUGUAACAACAGAAGCAGGCAGAAAAUAAGUUCUUGUAAGCAUAGUCAGCAUGUAGAUGUGAAAAAGUCUAUAUGAACUGAAUAGUAGUAAAAAUAAGUGAUGACAUAUUUUAUUUAGAAAUAAAAAAGACAAUAAAUGGAAAAUUUACCCAAGAGGGGUCCCAAGAUAAAUCUAAAGAUGAUUAAAGGGAUCUAAAAGGUAGAAGUAUCUCUGAUAAAUUAUGCUGAUUUUUUUCUGACUUUUCUGUGAAAUUUGGAUUUACUGUAUCCCUUAUCUGAUCAUCUCUCCAGCUCUUUAGAACUCAGGAUAGACACACUAUCAGCAGUUUGGAAGUAAGCCCCAUCUGGUAACUAAACCAAAAAAAAACAGUAACUUUUGAGGAUUAGCAUCUUUUUUUAAUGUGUUAAUUCAUUAACAAAAAAUAGUUUUUACAGAUUUAAAGCGACCAUGAUCAUUUUCUGGCAAUUGGAGGCAGAAAAACUGACAGGCUGACACACUACAUCUUGACAUAUUAUUGCCUUAUAAAGUUGCUAUUGUUAAUGUGUUAGUACAAAUACCUAUUCACAUUUCUUAUUCAAAGCAACAUGAUCAUUCAUUUGGAUUGGUGUUUAUGUCCACCUGAUGAAUCUGAAAUCCAAUUUUCCCUUUCUUUUAGUUCUGUUUUUGGUCUCUACCAACUCUUGAAGGAAAUAUUUGGCCCUUUAGCUGCUAAAUGCACCACUAUGUUCACCAGCUAGUCUCUGUGUCUUUUUGUAAUAUGAUAAUACACAGAUUGUGUACAGUUGCUUUAUGGCUCAGAGCAGCUGACUUUUUUCACUUUUUCACUCAAAAAGUAUAUUUUAAAAAAAGAUAUUUGGUAUAUUUACCAAGAGUUAAAAAUUGAGUAUAUAUUAUUGGCACUUGGAAAAUGUAUUUUUAUUUCACUGUGUCUUUAAACUCAAUCUCCUGAUCUGGAAUUGGAAUGCUUAGGACCAAAUUCAGAGAUUUAAUAAGUAUCUAUCUAUAAUUGCAUGUACAACACAAAAGUUAAAAGUACUAAAGUUAAUCACUGUAAAUAUUCCAACAGAACAAUCAGCAAACUUGCUCUUUGUGAAUCUGUGUCUAUUGUUUUACCCAUAGCAGAUUAAAACACACACACACACACACACACACACACACACACACACACACACACACACACACACACACACACACACACACACACACACACACACACACACACAAAUACUGUACAUAUGCUUCCUUGUUUUAUAUUCACUUAAUGUUUUGUAAUGUUCAACAUGUUAUUAUACAUUUAUAGCUAAUAAAAUAUCAUUAAGAAAAUAAAGAUAGGGAAGGCAGUAACAUGCAUCUCUGUAUUUUUCAACAAAAUUAUCAUUUUUGAAGCAGGAGCUUGUUGCUGUAUUACUUGGUCUUAAUAGUUUGUACCUCUGUAUGUAAGUUGAGGGAGGGCAAAAUAAUAAACACUUUACACUAAACCUUACAAUAUAAACCUCACAAA